UAAUAAUCAAUCCAGCGAUGUAUAAGUAUGUCAGUUCCGUCGUUAUGAUGUUGCUCUUAGGCCUACCUGGUACUAAAUGUGACAACAUGCUGAAAUUAGGCACAAGAACUGUCGAAGAAAAAUCAUGUGGAACUGAUGUCGAUUAUUUUGAACCUUUACCAGGUACAGGAUUUGAUAAUCUACGAAACACUGACAUGGGCCAAGUGGUUUUAAAUUCUUACAAAACUUGUCGAUUUACGGACGACAAAUUAUACAUUGUACCUGAUGACGUUAUUGUUAUAGCAACGAAACAGAGCGACGUCAAGAUAUCUUCGGAGUUGUUUGAACACUGGUUGGACUACACAAGUACAUCGAGUUAUUCAAUAAACGCACACGCAUCAUUUCCAUAUAGCCUUAUUUCUGGAAGUUUUUCAGACGAAAAAGAAUCUGUAAAGAAGCAUCAAGUGAACGAAAAAUCGUCAACAACUCGCGUUCAAGUACGUCAUCAAUUGUACACAGCCCGCAUCGACAAUCCUACUUUACAUCCUACAUUCAAGUCACGUGUCCUCGAUAUUGGUGCGUACGAUCAGAAUAAUGAUACACGUACGGCACGAUACCUCACUCAACUCCUAGUGCGAGACUACGGAACACACGUGGUGACGUCUGUGGAUUUGGGGGGUAUUUUUCUCCAGCAAGAUCAAAUUAAAAUUUCUUUUGUCAAUGAUCCUUCUCUAGAGAAAUAUCAGGUUAAAGCGGCUGCUAGUGCCUUGUUCAACAGGGUUUUGGCUGGUGGUGGGUUUGAAACCACUAUAAAAAAUGAAGUACUUAAGUAUUACCUCACAAACCGCACUUCCUCGAUAUACCAGACUUUUGGUGGUAAUCCAUAUAAAGUAAACCAGACAAUAAAAGAAUGGCAAGAUGGAUUGCCGAAGAACCUGGUUGCAAUCGAUCGGGACGGAGAUCCACUGCACUAUAUUGUUACAACGAACACCUUACCAGAUUUUCCUGAAACAAUGGUGGACAGAAUCUCUAAAUUAAUCUACGAGGAAGUAAAACGUUAUUAUGAGGAGAACACAUACACAGGAUGCACCAAAAUGAAAUCACCUAACUUUAAUUUCACAGCAAAUCUAGACGACGGGUCAUGUGUUGCACCUUACAAUAAUUACUCAUUUGGUGGUGUCUAUCAAACAUGUGAAGCUCAAAUGGGACCAAACGCCGAAGAUUUUUGUUCGAAUUUGUUACAGAAAAACCCAUUGACAGGCGAAUUCAGUUGUCCGGCAGGUUACGAGGAUGUUCAGCUAAAUACUGGUUACCAUGUUUACACUACCAGCAGAAAAGAAUGCAAGGAGAAUUGUUUUUUCUGGGUUUUUGACUGCAAGAAUUCAUGUGAAAAUGUUAGCUCCUCCAUCGAGGCUAUUUACAAGACUUUCUGGUGUGCCGCUACGGGGACAGUUCCUCUAGAAUCUGGAUACCUGUUCGGUGGUGUCUAUAGUACGUUCUCCAUGCUGAAUACAUUGACAGAGACCCAAGGGUGUCCAAACGCCUUUCUACCACUAAGAAUGGGAGCUGAAUUAUUUGUAUGUGUCAGCGAUGAUUAUGAACUAGGCUACAGGUAUUCCUUUCCAUUUGCUGGGUUCCUUAGUUGUUCGGCAGGAAAUCCAUUGUCUUUGCCUAGUAGUAAAAGAAAACCACCAGUUUAUAGUAUCUUUGAAUUCUUCCAAACAACAGGUUCGGGAAGCUGGCCCCAGGAAUGUCCGACUGGAUAUAAAAAGCAUUUUGCUGCCAUAGACAAUGAUUGUGGUAUUGAUGUCUGUAUCAAAGCAAAUGUUCUUUCACGCUUGGAACUGCCAAAAGUUUACCGUCCUCCCUACGCUCAAAAACCUAGUCGUAAUUCCAAUAUAUCUGAAACAUUGUACAUAGUCGGUACAGCCUCAAAUGUGUGGGUGAAAAACAAGACAAGCCAGCAAUGGGAGGUAGUGAUUGAAAGUCAAGAUGAAGCAUUCUUGCCGGCCGACACAGAGAAAAGCGAGUUAGAGAAAAACUCUAGCGCAUCAGAGGUAGUUGGGAUGACUAUCGGUCCAGAUCCAAAUAUCUUGUUCACGAAUAUGACCAGUUUACCAUGGCAGGUAAUGACUGAUCACCAAGAUAACGGAACACCUCAACUAAAUAAAGCGGGGCCGUACGAGUUAAAGGGGAACUCAAAUAGAUCGCUUUUGUUAAUAACAUUUGGAAUCACUAUUGGUGUCCUUGUAGUUAUUGCAUUCGGUAUUCUGAUUGUUGAGUACAGACGUCAGUUACGUAGAAACGAAUAUACUCCGAUCCAACAGCAUAUAAGAGAAUGAGAGAUUAUACUUGUAAGAAAGUGUAAUACAUAGGCCUACUCCAAGUAAUACUGUACUUGGAGUAUAUUAUAUAUUUCUUAUCUGAGAAUUAUCCCGUGGACCUUUCAAAGCUUAUACUGUUGCUCUUAUAAUUGGUCCGAAUAAGUCCAAGUUAUGGAUUAAGAAGCACUCGCGACCAUUUUAAUUUAUUAUAAUAGCUUUAGGCAGCAGAUGUGAGUUGGGCACAAAGGUGCAUGUUAUAUUGUGGGUGUUGGGAAAAGAUGCAGGGUACACGGGUACAGGACACAAGGGUGAGGGUUAUAAGUUUUUGUUACUAAUUAAAGGUAUAGCAACUUUACGAAAAUUAUAUUACGUCACACCUUAGUGAAGGCUGUUUUGAACCUGAUAAUAAAUAGGUUCUAAACAAUUUUUCAGUCUAACUACUUUAGUGUCAGAGUCCGAGUGUCAGUAUGGGAAAGGACAUUGCACAAUGUAGUCUGACCUCUACAGUUUUCUAAUCAGAGUUAAAUUGAUGUUCAUACACGUUCAGUUUAUUUUAAUAAUCUCUAAUGCUGAUUAGUCAUGAUUUGUAGUUUUAUGUAAAUGAAUUUGUAAAAAUUAUUCGAGAGAAUGGUAUGGGGGUUAGAAUGAAUGGCUUAUGGAUGGGAGGCCUCUUUUGGGCCGAUUACGUUGUUUUAUUAGCAAAUAAUGAACAUAAAAUGAUAAAAAUGUUACAUAUUGCAUGGAAGUAUGCAAAAGAGUGGAAGCUAAGUUUUAACUAUGAAAAAUCGAAGGUGAUGGUCGCUGUAAAGCGCAUUAACCGAGAAAAAUGACAAAAUGAAUUUUAUCAUCAAUAUCAAAUUCGGAAAAAUUAUUCCAAAUUGUAGUCUCGUUGCAAAGUUUUAAGUCUUGUUUUAAGAUAGCUAAUUCUGCCUCUCUGAUUGUAUCAAAUUAUUUACAGUUAAAUAAAAAAUGACGAAUAUUAAAUAUCAGGAAACACCUCUCUGAAAUUUACACUCUUAAGAGGAUAUGACCCGGUUAAACGUUAUUAUUUACUUGUAAUGUAAUCAUAAAUUCUGAUCACCAGUAUUAAAAAUGACAAUUUAAAUCUAGCAAUCCUGUUUAGAAAUUCAGAAGUUUGAGGCCUUUCUCGGUGUUUUGAAGAAGUUUAUGUAAAUCACAUCACAUUCAAUAUAAACUAAUUUAUAUAGGCCUUUAAGGAGGCCUAGAGUACCGAAUUGUUAACGUACUACGAAGGUAAUACACAUAAACACUCAACAACGAACCCAUUUAUCAGUGGCGGCGCUACGGGAUGGGGUGCGGCUAGUUGGGGGGGGGGGUCACAAUUUGUCAAGGAGAAAAACAAAUUCAAAAAAAUUAUAUGUAUUUUGUACAUAUUAAUACUCUAAAAUCGGAAAAAUAAGCCUUUGAAACCCCUAAAUUGUCAUAUUUUCGGGGCUACGUCUCCUGAAGCACUUUCGAAAGGUUUUUAGUGACGCCCGACCACGCCCACUUUUUUCUCGUCGGGGACAUCAGCCCCCCCCCCGGGGACCUUGGACUCCCGUCGAAGAAAUCCUGCCGCCGCCACUGCCAUUUAUACUGUCACAUCACAAUCGCCAACAUUAUGUUGUCGUGUGCUUCAACAAAGGGCAUUAUUCAAAUUAUAGACCUUUUUUAUUUUAAUGUUGGGUUGGGAUUUUCAUGUUAAACCUGAAUUCUGGGGAUGGAGAUUCUAUCUGCUUUAGCGAAUCAUUUUAUUCUUAAUUCAAAUAAUUAUUUUUAUUCCACCCUGCAGGCUUCUUCAUUUCACAUUCCUCGAGUAAGAAAAAGACAAAACAGUCUCUAUUAACAUUAUGGGCCCAAAUAUUGGGGCUUUCAUAACCUCAAUCUUGCUUUUGGUGUUUUAGUUUUUCCUUUUUUUUAUAUGUAUAUUUUCCUUUGUUGUUUGUUUUAAUUUUUAAUUAUAGUUUACUGAAUUUUAAGGUCAGUUCCAGGGCCACCUUAAGGGGAUGUACUGUACCUCCUCGGUUCGUGCCACUAGGAUUCUGUAAUUAGUAAAUACACCUAUAUGUAAAUUAUUAAAGUGAAAUAAAAGUGAACAUUUUCAAAUGAUAUUCUUAUCAUUAUAAUUACAAGUAUACAUGACGGAAGCAAGUAUUAUCUGAACGACUGCUAAGGGGAAAGUCAAUAUGAGAUCAGUCAAUGGUGUCAGAGAUCCAUUUUGUUUCUAAGGAAAAAUACACAAAAAAUACAUUUUCACUUUAUUUUUUAAGCACAAACCAUUAUCUAAUACAUAUUUAAUAAGUAUACAUUUAUGGCCUUAAAAAAAAAUUAAAAUAAUGCUUUUGCAAUACUCACAGUGAAAAAAGAAUAUUUUUGGAAAUUGGUAUUCCUAUUCAAAUGUAGUGACCCGUUAAUUAAGGUCAAAACAUGUAUUUUGUUAAUUGUCUGAUAACUAUAAUUAAAGCUGUUUUACCUGUACAGUAGUAAUUAUAACUCUGCAUAAUACAAUUGGUAGAUAAAUUAAGUUCAAUUAUAAUGUGCAUUUAAUUUGCAUAUAAAUAAUCUGCCUUAGGGGGGGGGGGGCUAGGCAGGGCUACAGCACCCCUCCUUCCCCCCACCCCUUCGGGUAGAAAAACCACAAUUCGUCGGGGAGAAAAAAUAAAUUAAAAAAAUAUAUAUGUAUUUUAUACAUAGGGCCUAUUAAUAGAAUGAAAUGAAACCCCUAAAUUGCAAUAUUUUCGGGGAGCUACGCCUUCUAGACCACUUUCUAAAGGUUUUUACCGACGCCCGACCACGCCCACUUUUUCUUGUCGGGGACUUUGAACACCCGGUCUGGGAAAUCCUGGUGCCGCCACUGAUCUGCCUCCUGUUGUAAUUACUUGGCCACUAGAUGCAACACAAUUCUGAUAACAUGUGAUCAACAUUUUGUUUCAAGAUGUGUUAUAAACCUAUUAUAAACAAUCGUUUUAGAUAGUUUAUAUAACUUGUGAUCAGACAAUGAAUAACAAGUAGUCAAUACCGUAAGUGACUGCCAAUAUAUAACCUAAGAUCUCCAACAUAUAAAAUGAUAAGGCAACUGAUUACAUGUGAUCACCAAUAUAUAACCUGUGAUCAGGCAACUGGUAACAUGUGAUCGCCAACAUAUAACCUAAGAUCGCCAACAUAUAACAUGUGAUCAUAAACAUAUAACAUGUGAUCAGGCAACUGAUAACAUGUCAUCAGGCAACUGGUAACAUGUGAUCACCAAUAUAUAACAUGUGAUCAACAAACAUAUAACAUGUGAUCAGGCAACUGAUAACAUCCCAGCAAACACAAAAUGCUCUUAUAACGUUUGCGAAUGUUGCGAUUAGAUGUCACAAAAUAACAUUCACACAACGUUGUGAAAUUAGGUUAUAAUUACGUACAUAUCGUUCUACAAAAUAACGUUUUUAUCUCCAAAAUGUAACGUUAUUAUAACGUUCUUAGAACGUAAUAUUGUUAGCUGGGAUUUGAUCGCCAAUAUAUAACCUGAGAUCACCAACUUAUAACAUGUGAUCAGACAAAUGAAAGCAUAUGGUCAACAUAACAUGUAUUUAAAGUGGUAAAAUGUGAUCGGCACCAUAUGAAAUGAUGUGAUCAGGCAAGUCAUGACAUAUGGUCAAUAGCAAUAUAUAGGAUUAGGCAAUGGAUGUGAUCACCAACAUACAGUAAUGUGAUCAGACAAUUGAUAAGUUGUUAUCACCAACAUAUGAUCAGGCAACAAAGGUGAUUACCACAUUUACAAGGCAUCGAACUGCAACCAGCAUACAACAUGCAAUCAGAUAACAUAAAAUGUGAUAACAUACAUUUGAUCUACAUGGGAUUAUACAACACUAAUAAUAUAUUUUCAAACUAAUCCAGUAUGAUAAUCUAUCUACAUAUUGAAGCAUAGUUAUACCUAUUUACUGUUUACAGUAUAUCAAUAAUUAAUAUUGUUAUAAAAUUAUUUUAUUUACAUAUUUUCUUACAUUAGAUUUCACAAACCAUUGAUAUAUCUAUACUUCAUAAAUUAUAAUGCUCCUUAGCAAUGAAAAUACAAUAGCCAAUAAUCAAUCAAUAAUAAUCAAAUUAGCAAAAGCCAAUAAUCUAUAGCAAAUAAUCAUAAUUCAGUGGCGGAUCCAGGAAUUUGAAAUAGAGAGGGCCCAGAGAGAGACUUUCACAGAUGGAGGAUCUAUACAACCUCAGCCCAACCAUUGUUGGGGCUGGGUAAGAAAAUGUAUGAUUAUGGCAUCUCUAGAUGGUCGGAAAUGGGCCUGGGCCGACUGGGUCCCCUCUUGAAUCCGCCACUGAUAUUCAAUAUCCAAACAAAAUAUUCAAUAUUAAAAAAAAAAAAUGAAAAAAAAAAAUUAAAAAAAAAAUCAUUAUUUAAUAUAAUUAUUAGAAAAUAAUCAAUA